GUUUGUUUCUCUUCCUCACGAACCUUGCAGAUCUAGAUUCCCCACCCCCUUCGCGUUUCGUGGCGUAGGCUCGGCAGGGCAUCAGUACUGACGGUGAGAACCUGUCCUUAUCUGUAAGAAUCCCCUAGACCCAGGUGCAUACCCACGUGAACUCCUUUCAGUGUUUUCGAGCAGCCACACGACUCGACUCGAAAAUCUCCCAUAUCCGCGUUGCUGUCGUGUUCAGAUUCCUCUCCCAGCGACUGGAGGCCAGAAAUCUCCGCUCGAGUUCGCCACUAGGCCAAGCGCGAGUUUCUGUGCAUCGAAAGCUCGACUGGGCCAGGCGAUGGCAGAGGAUCCGCCUAGCGAACCUGGCUCAUUCUGGGCGGGAGAUUCGUAUGCUCCCUGGAUUGCACACUCCAACCAGCGAGUGGCGGAGUGAGCCGAUCUGAGCCGAGCUUGGAACUAAAGCUGGCGGAAGCUGUGUGCGUUGAUUGCAGGGAGCAGCGGGGGGCGAUGGGGCGAGCCUCGCUAUCCGUUAUGAGGGGGGUGGUGUGGGGAGGAGGAGCUCCUCCGCUCCCUUCUCAUUCUCACCGUUUUCUUCCUCCUGCAAUGGAGGAUAUCGGAGCGGAAAGGCUAUUAGGAAACAGUACGGCAUGGGACAGUAGAUUGCGUCACGUGAUCGUUCCCUGUCCCAUUCGACCGGUCGAGACAGUGGCAUCAAGAGGCAUAAUGACUUCGGACCGCACCCCAUGAUUCAUUAUCUUCACUUGAAUGCUCUCCCGUUCUCUAUCCCCUCCGCUCCUUCUCCUCCCCUCCGCGCUGCGCUCCGCUCCACCCCGGCCCUGGCCUUGGCUCCGCGCGUCAUUACUAGUGCCCGCGCACCACCCUCUCCUCUUCCCCCGUUCCCCAGAGCACCUCGCAUCCGACGGGAGGGGGGCGAGUUCCGGCCUAGCUGGCUUCCCCCCUCGCGCUUGCCAAACAGUGUUUGCGCGCAGAACGAACGACCCUAGCCAUGAUGCUGUGUCAAUCCGUUGCGGGUGCUCUCGUCGCGCAAGGCACCCCUCGCCUUAGUGUGAAUCAGACGGUAAGCCGGAGAUGGGGUAUCGGCGGAAUCCGGAAGGUAAGCGGACUGCCGUCGGCGUCAGGAGUGCUAACCCUGGGUCGAGCCAGCGAAUUUCGGAGCGAUAGGUUGUCGCCGAGUCUUUUCAUGCAGCCGCGGCGGGAACUGAGUAAUCCGUCUAAGACAGGACUCGUUAUUCUCUACUAGAGCUGGACCUUGCAUCGCGGGAAAGGUGACACUUUGCGCAAAGCCACGUGGACCAUUUUUUUCGGUCGUGUGAGCUCAAGAUUGCCAACAAAAAAAACUCUUACAAUCGCUCAAAUCUCCGUGCCGUGCCGGUCUGCCCGUCUGUUUCUUCCGGUGUACGAUAUGAGCCCUCGACCUUCUUCAUCCAAUGACCGGGGCCCGGGGCCUCCGCAGCCGGCGGGACUUGCGCCUAUCUUCCCCCUGAAGCCUAGGAGCCCGGGGGGAAAAGAGCCGAAGAAGGGCAACGAGCGACGCGCGGGGAAGGGCUUCAAGGGCGGGCCGCAGAACGCGCUGUUCGCGUUCCGCGGGGUGCGGCAGCGCAGCUGGGGGAAGUGGGUGGCGGAAAUCCGAGAGCCGCGGAGCAAGCGUCGCCUAUGGCUGGGGUCGUUCCCGCGCGCGGCGGAAGCGGCUAUGGCGUAUGACGUGGCAGCCCGGCGACUGUAUGGGUCCGGUGCGAAGCUGAACUUCGCAGAGGCGACAAAUCCAGGGGACAAUCGCGUCGCCAGCACUGCUGCUGGGAGCCAUGGCGUGCAUGCCGUCAGUCUCGAGGUCGUGGUUGGUGCUGACGCUCACGUUGACGUUGACUUAGACGUUGACGUUGACGUUGACGUUAGCAGUGACUGCAAGACGAGCAAAAGCUGCGAGGCAACUGAGGUUACUACCAGCAGUGGCGAAGGUGCAACAGAUACGACAAUGGAGCAUGAUGACGAGCAUGAUGACGAGCAUGAUGAUGAUCUUGAUGACGAUGAUGACGGCUUGUGUGAAGAGGGAGUGCUGUUGACGCCUCACAUCCGCGCUCUGGCAGUUGACGCCCCCCCUGCUCCUGCCCUUGUCCCUGUCCCUGCUGCUGCUGCUGCUGCUGUUGCCGCUGCUGCUGCUGCUGCUGCUGCUGCUGCUGCUGCUGCUGGUGCGCGACCCUCAACAGAUGCUGCCACUCCCGCAUCAUGCUUGCUCCAGAGCACACUGCUGCCGUUCCCAUGGCCGUCAUACCUGGCACGGACCAUGGGCCCAUCAGCCAUAGUCCUGCCAUCAUCCAUGCCAUCAUCCAUGCCAUCAUCCAUGCCAUCAUCCAUGCCAUCAUCCAUGCCAUCAUCCAUGCCAUCAUCCAUGCCAUCAUCCAUGCCAUCAUCCAUACUACCAUGCAUACCAUCAUCAUCCAUACCACCAAGAAUGCCACCAUCCAUACCAGCAACCAUACCAGCAGCAAUGCCAACCAUACCAUCAUCUUCCAUACCAUUAUGCACACCACCAAGAAUGCCAUCAACCAUACCAGCAACCAUGCCAUCAACCAUACCACCACAAGUGGCGUCGCCCUUGCCUGGAGUACAGCCUGCUUCUCUGGUAGCCGCUCGCCCCAUCGUCUUUUCCAUACCCCCUACCACCGCUCCUCAUAUCCCUGCUCCUGUGAGCCCCCUGGUAUCAUCAUCACCAUCAUCACCACCACCCUCUCGUUUUGAGACGUCUCAAAACGUCUUUUCCAGGCCCCAUCCUAUCCCUGCUCCUGUGGGCCCGCUGCUAUCAUCAUCACCACCACACUCUCAUGUCACCAUACCACAGCCGCAGCGCUGUAUGCAGGCAAUGAACCAGCGGCAGCGGCUGCUACAGUCGAUGCUACAGCCGCAGGUGCUCUCACAGGCAAUGCUACAGCCGCAGGUGCUCUCACAAGCAAUGCUACAGCCGCAGGUGCUCUCACAGGCACUGCAGGAGCCACAGCUGUUCUCACCGCCGCUACAGCAGCCACAGUUGCUGGCACAGGUGCCACAGCCGCCACAGCUGCUGGCUCAGACGCUACAGCCGCAUCACCUGCUGCCACUGGCGCUACUGCCGCAACAGCUGCUGGCACAGGCGCUACAGCCGCAACAGCUGCUGGCACACACGCAACAGGCGCUACAGCCGCCACAGCUGCUGCCACGGGCGCUACAGCCACAACAGCUGCUGGCACAGGCGCUACAGCUGCAACAUCAGCUUUCAUCGGCACCACGUCCGCCGCAGGGAUUGCCGAUGCUGCAAGGCCAUCAAGGGGCGAUGUUGAUUGGCCAGACUAUUGAACGACUUUCGGAGAGGCAGGCAGGGAAGGCACAGGCGCCAAGUAGCGUGCAAGGGCAGACAGGGCCGCCGCCGGCUGCUAUUGAGUCGACUCAAGGGCAGACAUGGCCGCCGCCGGCUGCUAUUGAGUCGACUCAAGGACAGGCAGAGCCGCUGCCGGCUGCUUUUGAGUCGACUCAAGGGCAGGCAGGGUCGCUGCCGGCUGCUUUUGAGUUGACUCAAGGGCAGGCAGGGCUGCUGCUGGCUGACCCACAAUCCGCCAGGCUUCAAGACAUGAGGCAGCAGGAAGGGAUUGGGACACGGGAAGCCUCAAGCCUGCUGGAGAUGCUGCGGGAGCAGGAGCUGAAGGUAGUGCAGGAGGUGAUGCUGCUGCAAGAAACCAGGCUGCUGUCACACGCGAGGCAUCAAGGCGUCACCCUAGCCGGACCGAAUCUGCCAGUCUUUGCCCCGGGCGCAUCAGCACCAGCUGCACCAGCUGCCAGUCUUAACCCUGCUUUUACAGCGCCAGGCUUCCUUCCAGGGUCAAAGUUUUUGGCUCCGAAGGAUAUGGAGGCGAAAACUGCUCCUGCUAGUCAUGCAAUCUCACUGUGUCAGGCUCAACCCGAGCCUUCAUGCGCCCCAUUCUCAGCAGAGCUGCCACUAGGCAAUCCGAGCCUCAGGUUUGGCAAACCGGAGAGGCUCAGCUUCGGCGCUUCCGAACUGGCCAGUGUGACGUGUGACGAGGUUAUUAUUGGCAGCCGCUGCAAUGUUGGGGGCAGCAGCAGCAGCAGUGGCAGCAGGAGCGGGAACAUGACUAGUGUAGCCAGCAGCAGCAGUGGCAUAUGGAUGCACAAGACCACUGGUACCAGUAGCAGCAGUGGCACAUCUGACAGUGCCGCUGGUAGCAUCAUUACAAGUGCAACGCUGGCGAGCCACAGAGUUCCACCAGCAGAGUGGCAGGGGCCGCUUCACCCUCCCGAGUGGCUGCUGUUUCUGCCCCCUUCACAUCCAGAUUGGCUGCUGCCCUUCUCCCCUGCUGCUGUGCCCAUCCCCAGGCCACCACCUGUGCCAGCCAAUGUAGGCUCCAUGCCCACCAUAGUAAACAAUCAAGCUGCUGCUUUGAUUGUUAGCAAUCAAUUGACCGUCCAGAGCAGCUGGUCGGCUACUCAAGGCAUGAGUGCUUCUACACCAGCCCUGCUGGGUGAAGCUGCUGAAGUUGUGAUGUUUGAGUCUGCUCAAAAGAAAACUCCAUGGAUGAGUGCUUCUACACCUGCGCUGCUGGGUGAAGUGGCCGCAGCAGCGGCAGCAGGAGCAGCAGCAGCAGCAGCAGCAGGACCAGCACGAGCAGCAGAAGCACAAACACCAGCAGCAGAAGCACAAGCACCAGCAGCAGAAGCACAAGCACAAGCACCAGCAGCGGAAGGAGCAGCUGCAGCAGCAGAAGCAGCAGGCGCAGCCCCAGGGGAGUAUGGGGAUGGGAUGCUGCUGUAUAUGGAUGGGUGGAGGGACACAGAUGCUGGUGGUGACCAGUGGAGCUAUGGCCCUGACUGGUGCUAAGUGAGUUGGCCACGGGUGGCAUCGCUGUACACACUGUACACAUGAGUGGAGUUCUCAAAACCAACCCGACGCACUGUACUGUACCUACCGUGAUCGCCAAGGUGUCUUACAAAAGAUUCUAGACUGCAGUUUGUUUGUGUGUCUACUGGAUGUUGCUUUUCUCCCUCCUGUUACAUAA